UCGCUUCUCCCUCUCCGUGGCGUGGAUCUGCGAUCACGUGAUCAUACCGGGCGCGUGCUGCGGCCGCUGUCAAAAAAAAAAAGGAAAAAAAUUCCAGCAGUUUGUAAAUUUCUCUUCAAGAUGGCGGAUCUGAGAGUGCGCGAGGACCUGAGGUCUUCCACACCCAACAGGAAGCUGAACAGCUCUUUUGGAGAACCAGCUUUUGGUUCCCCCAGCAAAGAUGAACAACAACAGCUCCUGGUAAUGAAGCAGACUUCCUGCUGAAGCUAAAAGCAGACGCUUCGUGUUUUAUUCCAUGAUGAAAACCACGAGAAGAAGAAGCAGGAACUUUGAUUCAUCUCCCAUUUUAAUUCAAGCCUGAAGUGCUUUACUGAAAGAAAACCCCGUAGACUAGGACACAUUAGAGUGAAGUUCUGUAUACACUGACCAGGCAUAACAUUAUGACCAGCUGUCUAAUAUCGUGUUUGUCCCUGCUAAAACAGCCCUGACCCGUCCUGCACUGUGUAUUCUGACCCCUUUCUAUCAGAACCAGCAUUAACUUCUUCAGUAAUUUGAGCAACAGUAGCUCGUCUGUUGGAUCGGAUCACACGGUCCAGCCAUCUCUCCCAACAUGAGCCUUGAUCGUCCAUGACCCUGUCGCCGGUUCACCACUGUUCCUUCCUUAGACCACUUUUGAUAGACACUGACCACUGCAGACUGGGAACACCCCACAAGAGCUGCAGUUUUGGAGAUGCUCUGAUCCAGUGGUCUAGCCAUCACAAUCUGGCCCUUCAUCAAACUCAAAGCUCAAAUCCUUACACUUGUCCAUUUUUCCUGUUUCUAACAUCAACUUUGAGGACAAAAUGUUGACUUGCUGCCUAAUAUAUCCCACCUACUAACAGGUGCCAUGAUGAGGAGAUACUGUCUUAUUCACUUCACCUGGCAGUGGUCAUAAUGUUAUACCUGAUCAGUGUAAAGACUUUGAAACAGGCGGUGCCAUUUUGUGGGAGUAUUCGAGGUGGGAUGCGACCUGGGAAGAAACUCACCAUCAUGGGCAUCGUGGAUUCAGAACCAGAUGGGUUUGACAUCAGUCUGACAUGUGGGUGUGACGACGUGGCCCUGGAGGUCAGCGCCAGGUUCGAGGAUCGUCAGCUUCUGAGAAACGCACACGUAGCCGGCUCGUGGGGCGAGGAGGAGGCGGCCAUCCCUUUCUUUCCCUUCCUCGCAGGACAGCCGUUCAGGUUGGAGAUCCACUGCGAGCACCAGAGUUUCCGUGUGCUCGUGGACGGACAGCCGCUGUUCGAUUUCUAUCACCGCGUGCACUCGCUGAUGUCCAUCGACACCAUCCAGAUCAACGGCAGCCUGAGCAUCACCAAACUCAACUGAGCUGGGACUCUGUCUCUCUCUCUCACUGUGUGUGUGUGAGAGAGUGAGAGAGAGAGAGAGACAGCUGGACCUCUGCUCUAUAGGACUGAAGGAGAAGGUUUCUGCAAACAAGGAAUUUUGAUCAUAAGAGAUCAGCUUCAGAGUCUUACUGUAAUGUGGAAGGACUGGAAUUGUCCUCGUCCUCGUGGUGCUGUGGUCGUUUGUAGUUAAUAUGAAUCGCUUUCACACACACACACACACACACACUAGCACGGGUAACUCUAGCUUUUUUCUUUCUUCUCUGUUUAUAUAAAUAUAGUGCUUACAGUUGACACUAAAGAAAAAGAUCAGAAUGUAGAGGUUAGCAUGCUGGAGAAAAAGAAAAACCGUUAGGACCUGGUAUUUAACGUAGCUAGCCGCUAAAGCUCUCACGGACGCGUGAGUAGACAUUAGCAUGAACAUAACUCCGAAGGAAACAAAAGCUCUUUAUAAAGUGAAGAUUUGUUAAAUCUGAAGGGAGCAUUAAGAUCAGGACUGUUGUGCUGACCUACACUACAGUGGAACACCAGCAGGGGGCGCAGUGAGUGACCUUUACACAGGACCAGGUACAACAGGAAUGGAAACAUUGAGCUUUAUUUUUCUGUUUUUACAUGAACUCGUGUUAAUUUCUGGUCCGGAAAUGUUAACAAUAAGCAGAAACUAUACCAUUACACAAAAGCACACUAUUAUUUUCCCCUCAAGUGCCUUUGAAGUUUUACGACUGCUGGAGAACCAUGUUUCGAUGUUACAGACUGCACCUUUAAAUCUGUUCCAUUGCUUUAUCCUGAAUGUAGUCAAGCAGCCCAGACAUGUUUGUUUUGAUUUGCACUCGAGCUAUGAGGCUGACUGUGAUUAAAGUAUCAAUCAGGAAAACCAGUCUAUCACCGUGAACGAAGAUGCACAUGGCCGCUUUAAAUCUGUCUGCUUGGUGUGGUGAAAGUCGCACGUUCUGAUACGGAGGUCAGCGAAUCUUGAGAGUGUCCCCGUGAUGAGUCCGAGUCAGAAGCAGACAGACUUCACAGCGCGCUGAAGGUUGAGGAAUACACUCAUCCAGAGCAGAGCUCACUCGCUCGCUCUCUCUCUCUCUCUCUCUCUCUCUCUCUCUCACACACACACACACAGCUUUCUGGAUCUAUGAGUAGAAGCUCAGGAACACAGCAGCAGGUGUUGAUGGAACUAAACAAAUGUAAUGUAUAAAGUAGUUAUGUUUUUUUUCGUCAGACAUUCCAGAUAUAGAAGUACGAGUUGAUAAAAAAUGAAGACAUUUCAUUGUAAAGAAUUUUUUUUAAUACUUCUGUGUACAUUUGUGUUUGUUUUAUAAUCACUGAUCAAUUAAAGCCUUCUCAUCGA